AUGUAUGGUAUCUCAUCAGAAUCUAAUAACGUUAUGGACUACACAAUUUCAAAUGGUGAUACAGAGCUAUUAAAUGCACCAGGAAAGCGGAGCCAAGAUGUUUUACCUGAUUACGCCGCUGCAAUCAGACGACCAGUCACUCUGUGGUCACUACACUCGGGCUGGACAAUGUAUGCAUUCCUCCUUCUGGGGCUUGGAUUUGCAGUUGGUCACCACCAAUACUACAUGUAUCUCAACGGGACGCCCGCGGACGAGCAAGUGCAGAAAAUGAGAUAUGGCACCGUGCUCGCAUUCUUGACGAAGGCAUCUUUAGUUGCCGCUGUCAUUGCAGCAUUUCGACAACGAAUCUGGGCCACGUUGGUCUCUACGCCGCUCGCGUUGAAAGCUCUCGAUUGUCUCCCAGCUGCUCCGAGUGAUCUUCUCGCGGCAUUCAAUCCUGAUGCUAUCAGAAGUGCGAAGAUUGCGGUAUUCAUGGCAUGGUUCAGCUGGCAAGUAACCUUUUCUUGCAUUACUGACUUGUCAAGCCCAAUGAUAGUGAUUCUGGCAAGCCAGUCGCUUUCGGUAGAGCCAACAAUCGACGUGACUACCUGUCCCGGAGCGAAGGUGUUGAACUUUAACAGGGAGACGAUAGAGGAGUUUCGCAAACUGGACCCCGUGGAUAACGUUCCUCUCCUGCCCGCCUCUUAUUGGAAUUCAACGAGAUUUAGCACUACUCAACCCUAUUGGUUUGAUUAUUAUCACGCGCCAUUUGUUAGGCUCGAACAGCUUGCAACGAUUGCCUUAUACCAGGAUCAACCUGCGACAGGAUCAAAUGCCUCUAGCAUAGCUUGUGGUCAUGACUGGGACUGUAGCUUUACAGUGAAGUUCGUGGCCCCUGGCUACAAAUGUGACGAUAUCGUGACCGAAGGCGUAUUUACAAAGGCCGCCCAUGAUAUACGACCGCCUUUUGACACCAGCAUUCUGCUACCAUUGGGCCGCUACAGCUACUAUGCAGUCACGCAUCUGGGCGACUAUGCAGAUCAGCAAAUGGGAGAUGUCUUUCCAGGUGGAAUACCCAAGUCCGAGCCGCCUUGGCCUAAACACUUUGGUGUAUUUCGGACAGAGCCCGUUCUUUGGAUCGGAUACAUUAGUGUGCUGACAUCAUCUGGGCGUCUCCCCGAGAACAGGACAGCGCCGGGGUGGAACGAGUCUUUCAGUCCAAAUAUCAUUCGCUGCGAGAACUACGAAACCGAGUAUACUGUUUUUUUCGAAUACAUCAAUGAGCUCCAAAAAAUACGCAUCCUUGACCGCAAAUAUAUUGCGCCUAUACUCAACACCACCUUGACACAAGACAUUGCAAAUGAUGGCACUAGAGACACCACUGUUGCGAUACCAGAAAGUAAUUACGUGUUUCCUCAAGAUGAGAAUUACGGAUACGUUGCGGCAUAUCACUCGUUCGGUUGCAAACACUCAGGCAAUAUUUACAAGAUUAUUCGAUAA